AUGGGGACCUGCUCGAUUGAAGCGUAGGCAGCUGCAAUGCAAGUGGGUUGCGCUUGACAGCGGGUGGCAACAGACAGGCCCUGCGCUAUCAUAGAAUUGACCAGCUCCAUCAGCGUCGAGUUCCCGCGCAUUUCAGCGUCGGCGCGAUUCACUGUGGGACCAUGAGCGAUGAGGAAAUCACGCAGCUUGCUCACCAUCGAGGUGAGUGACAACCGAGCGAAUGCCGGCCAAGCAAUCAGAGCCUACGGGACCGUGCGCGAUCGCUGGCGUGCUGUUCUGGUUGGACGAUUACGAAUUCCUCGUCCCGGAUUCGUGUAGCGAGCAUCGUGCAUGACCCCGUCGCAGUGGACUUGGGGUGCAGUACAGCAGUAAAUGCUUCGGAAGCUGGACUUGCAGUGCAUGGACUCACGAUACCCGCGUCGCAGCACUGGCGAACGUAUUCGUGUUACGUUGUCCUGGAUUUAUCGUUUGGAAGCUGCGACCGGGGGCUGCUUCGCUCUGUAGUUACCGUUCGGGAGCUCAUCUGCAUGUGAACAGCGGCGAAGUCUUGACAAGUGUUCCUGUUGUGGUCUGUUUGCCAUGGCACACAACACUAACGCCCCAGUUGUUGGGUCAUUUCGCUCACACAACUGACAAUGAACUAUCUCGGUGUUGGAACGGUCAACACCAAGCAGCAUUGGCGGUUUGUGUGCGGCCCACGCUUGCUUGAUCAGCUGCGAGCUAAUGGCCAUGUCGUCGGCAAGAGCAAUGCUGCUGGACAAAACUGUAAUCAGGCAAGGUAUCCGUAGCAGUCUGUCACUGAAUUCGACAGCGGUGGACUUGGCAGGGACUGGAUUUCAGCGAGCAGUGCUCGUAGUGACUCAGGUCCACGUCAGCGUGGCGCUUAUCCAUGGAGUCGCCUGGAUGCGAGCAGCAAAAGCUAUGAGCUUUCGUGAAUGCUUUAGUCCACCGAGAUAUCGGAUGGCGAACUUCAUGAUUCGUGUUGAGUACCGAGAGAUAACUAUUGCCAAUGACAUCAGCAUGAUAACGAUUGCUUUAAUUAUUGCAGUGUCUACUGCCUAGGAGGGAUUUGUCGCUGGAUUGGUUUCUGCUGGAGUCGAUGCUCGUGAAUCGAUACCAUCUUCAGUGGGCUGGAUCAGUCCAUUGCCGCAAUGUGGGCAGCUCUCGUCUUCUACAUCGAAAGCCGUCAAGUCUUUUCGGAAAGGCUUGCGGCAUUGUUUGCAAAUGAAAGCCAUUUCGGUGGCCGAUUGCUGUCGGUGAUCACUCAAUUCGAAGUGGCAUUCACUGCAAUCGAACCAUCGGUGGCAACAUGGGGCCUGAAAGGAAACCUGCUCCUCAAUACUAUGAGCACGGAGUGCCAUUAGCUUUACAACAAGGAAAUACAUACCUGGGCAUUGGGAAUGUGCUUGCACAUGGUCAAAGAUAUGUUUGUCCCCCCUUCAACACUUCGCAAAGUCGGCGUGGCAAAUAUACCAAUGCACAGCCUCGUAUUCUGGAAUGUCGAAUCCUAUUCCGAGGCAUGGGAUGAUGCAAAUGCAUAAAAUCUCGAUGAACUCUUCUCACAUUCAAAUUUGCAUUUCAAAGCUCCAACCAUGGCGUCGGCAUUAAUGGCAUUUGUGCAGGGUCUUGGUGACGAAAAGCAGGAGAAUGAAGCUCAUGUAUCGCAAAAGGAGAAGGAAACGGCCCCCGAUGAAGUUGAUGAGGACGAUGAAGAUAUGUUCGCUGACAGCGGCGACGAACAGGAGUCACCAAAGAAGGCUCCAACGCUUUUAGAGGUGGCCAAACAAGAAGCCGCGUCUGCCACACCAUCGUUAAUGGAGGUCGCUAAAAGUCUCGAAGUUGAAGAGCAUGACCGCCCGAAGCCAUCGUUAGCAACACUAGCCGCCGAAAUGAACCAAGAGGAACGAGAGAUGAUGAAGGUUCAAGCGGACAAGGUUCAACGCGCUCUGGAUGCGGCUAGUUCUGAGGUCAGAGCCGAACGGAUAGCGCAGCGCAACCAGCAGGUCGCGACUGGUUUGAAGGUUUCUGUAGCAGAACAGCAGCAGCAAUACGAGAACGAGGAGUUUGAAGACGACGCUGCAAGUGUCCGUGUAGCGGCAGAAACACUUGCUGCUAGUGUUGCAAAGGAGAAGUCAGUGGGUCAUCGCUCACCUAUUCGAAGCCGCUCAAAGCCUUUAAAAGGUGCAACUUCGAGUACAUCUAUGACGAAGCUCGAGUUGCAACGGGCGAUGCAAGAUAAGCUGAGCGCAUUCCAGUUCCAGCAUUUGUCACUAACCCAGAGACGUCUCUUUCUCGCCUCGAUAGCCCAAGCAGGGAAUACCAACAGUACCAAACCGAAGAAGCGGGUGGCUAACAGGGAGGCGCUUAAUGAACUUGCCAAAGACAAAUUCACACGAGCUCGCCAGCAACGUAAGCCACGCCGUGAGUUCGCGCGUUUGGAUGACAAUCGCCAUUGUCGAUUCACCCCACGGUUGCACCACAGUAGCAUCAAAAAGACACCAAAAAACGACUCUGACGAUGAAGACGAUCGAGGAGAGAGUAGAGACGCCACCAGUAGACGGAACGAAGAUUUUAUACGACGUAUGGAGGCUGCAGAACGAGCUCGUCGGGAACAGCUCCGCCGAACACGAGAAGAGGCUGCCUACCUGGAUCGUGUGGACAAGAAGGAAUGCCCUAGCUGCGGCAAUCCGCAAUCCUACUCGGAACUGACGCAGAAGCGAAAGAAAUGUCCGAAUUGUGGUGUCACGUACAAGAGCCGAAUCGCUUGGAGUGACGUUGCGAAGGAUUUCUUGACACGAAUGGAGGAAUUUCAGCAGCAAUGCAAGGACAGACAGCGUGAGAAACAAGAAGAAUUUGAGCGCCAAGAGCUGCAGAAUUGUAAGCUUGAGGACGAUAGUGAAGACACAAAGAAAACAUGGGAAGAUAUUCGCGAUGAAUUCCUGGGACGUCUGCAACUGGAUCUGGAAUACCGUGAGAUGUCUCGAGCGGCUAUUUGGGAGGAGAUCCAACGCGAAUGCUCCUUCUCGCCCUCCAUUACGCGUAGAGCGCAACAGUUGGAACUGGGAGACUUUGAAGAGCGAUACCGACGGGAUCUGGACGAGCGUCGCCUUCGACAUGAGCAACUGGCAGCCCGAGCCGAAGCUGCUGCCAAAAGAGAGCGCGAGUUUGAGCGACGCAAUGCCUCCGUAAAGGCUAAAAAGCACUUCGCUCUGUCCGCUCCGUUCCAAGAGCGCCUACGGCAGGAUAUCGCAAAGCGUAGGGCUCGUGAGAGGCAAUAAUAACAUACAAGUUGAAGUGCUUAUUGAUA